AUGAAGAUUGCCCAGAACUGUACCCAGUCGACACACCAACUAUCCAAGUUCGAAUCUCCUCAAAAGGACACCCCAACCUACGCGGACAUGUCUUACGACAACUCAUUAGUGGGUACCCCCACACUCAACGAUCUCACACUCAUACAAGCACUACAGCCUUACAGCAACAAAGAACCAACCAUAACCACAAUUCCUCACACCAGUAACCGCAUCUUCUCCAUACACACUGACAACCCAACAAACACCCCUCAUUACAUUCAAAUAAAUUACAAAAACAAAUCCCUCAACAUCCUAGUAGCAAUCAACGGAAGGAAACAAGCUUGCCAGACUUGCUCUUCAACCUCGUAUUGGACCAACCACUGUCCAACAUCUAAUGUAAAACUGACAACAUCACUGGCACCAGCCGCACCUGCACAGCAGCAAUUAACAAAACCUCCUAAAUCUACGAUCCUGCAAGCCACCCUCACUACGACUGCACCGACUUCACCAACCAAAGAGCCCAAAACUCAAUUCAAGAAACCAACUAGUCCAGCUAAACCGCAAAGCAAACCAACAACCCCUAGUUCAAGCACAGCGAAAACACCAACCGUUAAACCAUCUGAAUCAACAACCCCCAAAUCGAACCCUCCUUCACCAUCCACGCUAAACCCAGCCAAGUUCACGUUUACAGCGAAGCCAACCCUUGUAUAUAGACAUAGCAGAGAUACAGAAAUGCCCGAGUACACAAGUCCAAAAAGGAAAAAGGAACACAGUCCGACAGACACAAAGCAAUCAAAAAGCCAAAAAACAACAAAGCGGGUACAUGACAACAAACUCUGCAGGUUUUACACCCAGCGAUGCAAAUCAGUUGAGGAAGCUAAAAUACACGAACGCCAUGAACAUGGGGAUUUCUUACUUUGUGAAAUUUGUAUUGACAAGAUUCCGCACACAUAUUGGACUUGGUACCUAGACAUAUACGGGCACUAUAUAAAAAACCAUCCUGUAGUAACGAUGUACUCCUGUCACUCUUGCAACCUCUGCCUCCCUUUAGAAAGUAUAAAGGCUCACACGGAAAGCCACCACCCGCCACCCAAAUAA